AUGAAUUAGAAAUGCCAAACCAUUGGUCAUAAUUAAAGGUAAAUUGAAUUUAUUUGUAUACAACCAAAAGAAAUUUUAUGGGGUUGUUCAAAAUGUUAUGAAUAAUACAAAAAUAAAUAUAGUUUUAAGCCAAUUAUUUAAAUAUAGAAAGUAUUAAAUUAAUCAAUUCAAGAAAUAAAUAAUAAUAAUUGUCUUAAAUUAAUCAAUAUAUUUCAAACUCAAUUUAAUGAAGCUCUAUAAUAAGCAACAAACACUUUUAAUCAAUCUAUAAAUUAUUUAAAAUAAUCCUUUGAAAUUCAAUAUAAGGAAGUGCUUGAUUUUUUGACUUAUUUAAAUAGUUUUUCAUUUGAUAAUUUAGAUUCUUUUAGCUAAGAAAAUUCAAAAUACCUUUUCAUUGUAGUGAAUUAAAAAGCAUCUCUAUAUACAAAAUUAGAAGUUUAAGCAUCAUUUAAUAUUGAGAAGAUUAAGAAAAUUCAUCAAGGAAUCAAGAAAAAUAUGAAUGAAGUUUUUGAUUCGAGAUUUAAAUAAAUAUUAGAUGACUUAAAUUAUAAAUAUGAAAUACCAAAUGAAUUUAGAUAGUAAAUCAUUAAUCUUAAAAUUCCAAAAGAAUAUAGUGUUAAUAAUCAUCCUCAAUUAUCAUAUUGUUAAAACUAUUAAUUAGAGUAAGGAGUCUCCUAUUCUGGUUAAUUGUGUAAUAAUUAGUUAUAAGGAAUUGGAGUAUUAGAGAUAGAAAAUUAAAAUAUAAUCUAUUAUGGAGCAUUUAUAGAAGGUCAUUUCACUUAUGGUAUAAAGUGCAAGCUAGAAUAGAAUUAGUUGUUUUAAGGAAAUUUUUAAUAAAAUAAUAAAUAUGAUUAUUAUAUUGAUUAAAAUGGAAUCAUGAUUAAGGCUAAUAUAGAGAGGUAUAAAAAUAUUGUUAUUAAGAUAUGAUGGGAGUUUUUUAAAUGAAUUAUAAGAAGGAUAAGGAAUAAGUCAUUAUAAAAAUAAAGAUUCGUAUUAUAUUAUAUAAAUUAUAUUUUAGUUAUUGUGGAGAUUGGAAGAAAGGAAAGUAUGAUGGAUAGGGAUGUUUAAUUAGUGAGGAGUUUGGAUAGUAAAUAAAUUAUAAAAUUAUCAAUAGAGUUGAAGGGAUCUUUAAGGAUGGUAAACUAAAUGGAUAUGCUAUUUUUAAAAAUGCAUAAAUGAAGUAAGAAAAAUUUAAUAUAAUUGAUAUGAGGGUGAUUAUAAAGAUAAUUUAAUGGAUGGACAUGGCAUCUUAGAGGAUUUUGUGAAUAAAACCACAUAUAUUGGAUAAUUUAAGUAAGGGAAGAAAAAUGGAUAAGGAACACUUAAGAUUUCUGAUGAGAAAUAGUAUAUUUAAUUAAUAAAUAGGAUCUAGGGUACCUUUAAAGAUGAUUAAUUAUGUGGAAAGUGUAUGGAAAUAACAAAAACUGUUUAAAUAGUAAAUCUAAAAUAGAGUGUGAUUGAAACCAUUGAUGAAGGUGAAUUUAAGAAUGGUAAAAAAACUGGAAUUUUUACUUCAAAAAUUACUUGUAAUAAUAGCAAGAUAGAGUAUUUAAUGUUAUGAUUGAUAGGAAAACAAAGUAUUUCGAAGAUGAUAUAUUGAUAUUCGAAGAUGAAAAUUGAU